UGUAAUUUCGAAUCAAAAUCUCGUUAUUCCACGCACGCAGACUUUAAUUUCUUACAAGAAAUACAAAAUACCAUAAUAAGUAAUACUGAUAAUUGUUUUGGCCUUGUACAUAAGUAUACAACUUGAUGUAUCUGAUACCAUUCUGAAAUAGAUCUUUAGUCAAUAUUCUUUAUUAAAUAAAACAGACGAUACAAACACAAUUAAGACAGUAAAUACCAAGACAAGAUGGACUUCACCUUAAAUAUUUUCACCUUGAAUUGCUGGGGAAUACCGGCAGUAUCAAAAAAUAGAAAAGAAAGAAUAGAAGCUAUUGCAAAAUAUCUUAUGCAAAGUUCUCAUACAAUUGUGUGCCUUCAAGAGAUAUGGAGCGAAAAAGAUUAUUUAUUUUUAAAAGAUAGCCUUAAAGAAGUUCUUCCUUACUCUCAUUACUUUUAUAGUGGUGUUCUGGGAUCGGGUUUGUGUGUAUUUUCUAAAUGGCUGAUUCAGGAUGUGUUUUUCCAUCAAUGGCCGCUCAAUGGUUAUAUUCACAAGAUACAUCAUGGUGAUUGGUUCGGAGGGAAGGGGGUUGGCCUAUGUAGAAUUAUAUAUGAAGAUAAAUUAAUAAAUGUAUAUUGCACACAUCUGCAUGCAGAAUAUCAUGAAGAUGAUAUGUACUUAGCACACAGGGUGCUGCAAGCAUACUCCACUGCGGAAUUUGUUAACCUUACCACAUGUCCUGCUGAUGUAUCCAUACUUGCGGGAGAUUUGAACACUGCUCCCGGAGAUCUGUCUUUCAGGUUAUUAACACAGCUGCCAGUAUUAUUGGAUCCUUACAUUAUGAAGUGUGAGGGCAACAAUGCUGCCAUUGCCAAAGCGUCCGGUACAUGCGAUAAUAUCAACAACAGUUAUUCCGAUGCAAAGAUGACUAAAACUGCACCAGAAGGGAAGAGAAUUGAUCAUAUACUUUUCAAACUGAGUAAUUCUUGGGAGGCUGAUGUUGUGAAUUUCGGAAAUCCAUUGGAAGACAGAGUACCGGGUGAAGAAUUUUCUUAUUCCGAUCACAAUGCUGUUUCUUUGGAAUUAAGGAUCAGAGAGAGUGCUGAUAAAAAAACAAGUCAUAGACAACAAAGUGCUGAAGAUCGGUUCGAUAAUACUAUUGAUCAAGCUAUAAAAGUAUGUGAAGACGCUAAAAUAACUAUAACAAAAUCGAAACGUUUAUUUCUGACUUGCGGUGGACUUCUAUUUAUGUUUCUUCUAGGUACGGUAGGUUUUUGGCCCAAUAAUGUAUUCGCUGAUUUCAUUAAAAUUGUCAUAACAGGUCUUUGUUUCUAUUACAUAAUUAUGGGAACACUUUGGAAUAAAAUUGAAAUGAACAGUCUCAAAGCUGGUUUGAGCGCUUUGGAAAAUUUUAAUAGAACAAGAAAUGAAUUAAAAUGUGUCGAUAAGAUUUAAAGGAUAACUUUUGUUAUGGCUAAAAAUAAAUAAUAAUCUAACAUGUAAAGUUAUUUAAAUUAAGCUAUAGACAUAUUUAAAUAAUCUGUUAAUAAAAGGCUUCGUAUUACAUAUCUGAAUAAUUUAAUAUUCAUAAUAUAGUUACCUCAGAGGCUUUAUAUUAGGCUAGAUAUAUGAAUUUUUAUAAUCUUUUAUCUUGAUAUUUAUUAAGAA